UCGAUAUACUGUGUAUUUCUAUCGCUUUAUGUCAUAAACUUACUUAUGGAUUAAAUAUGAUUGCGUAUCAUUUAAUUGUUAUUUAUUUACUGUGCUCAUUUUUAAAUUUUGCAUUUGCAAAUGUUUACACCGACAAUGAUAUCAAGAAAAUGUUCAAUUUCUACAAGAAUAAGUAUAAUAGAGUUUACAAAGAUAAACAAGACGAACAUCGUGGACUUAUGAACUUUAUUAGCAAUGUAAACAAAAUUGAAUAUCUAAACAAAAAUUCCUUAGACAAUGGGACUGUUUACACAAUAAACAAGUAUUCAGAUCUCGACUCGGACGAUGUUAAACAACAUUACGCGAUUACUGUCAAGCCAUUUAUCAAUAUGAGGAAUCAUGAGGAAACCGAUGCUCUGAGAAAUAAAAAGCAAAACGAUGUGGACGUGACGAAGUUUUACGACUUGGACAAAGCUGAAGAUUUGUAUGAUAAUUACAUGGAAAAAUACAAGAAGAACUACACGAAGAAAUAUGAUCGUUUAGUACACUAUUACAGAUUCGUAAAAACCCUUGUUGAAAUUAACAAGGCCCGUUUCGAUGGAAAUUUUAGCGUAACAUUGGAUGAAAAUGCUGAUGUUUUAAAAGAGCCAAAUGAAUAUUUCUAUACAUAA